AGAAGGUUUCACUUUUCAUUAGGUGAGAGACUCAAAGCUGGUGUGAUAACUAAAAGAGCAACAUCUACAAAAGCCAAAGAUACAGGCCUAAAAUUUGAAGAGAUAACAGACGUAAUAUCUGAAGAAAUAGCAGACGUGAUAUCUAAAGGGGCUGCAGACAUAAUACUUGAAAAAGCAGCAGGAGUGGCUUCCAAAAAAGCUGAAAACGCAACACUCGAAGAAGUGGCAGACAUAAUAACUGAAAA